AUGAGCCGCAGCCCGCCGCGAGCCCUGCCCCCGGGCGCGCCCCCCCGGUUGCUCCCGGUCGCGCCCGCCGCCGUGCCGCGCGCCCUGCUCCCGCCGUGGCCCCGGCGCCCGGGCCGUCGCUGGCCCGCGUCCCCGCUCGGAAUGAAGGUGUUCCGCAGGAAGGCGCUGGUGCUGUGCGCGGGCUAUGCGCUGCUGCUGGUGCUCACCAUGCUCAACCUCCUGGACUACAAGUGGCACAAGGAGCCGCUGCAGCAGUGCAGCCCCGACGGGCCGCUGGGUGCCGUGGCGGGGGCGGCUGGGGGCGGCUGGGGGCGCCCGGGGCCGCCUCCGGCAGUGCCGCCCCGCGCACACACCCGCUUGGACCCCCGUACUCCGUACCGCCCUCCCGCCGCCGCCGCCGCCGCCGCCGCCGUCGGGGCGGCCCCUGCCGCAGCAGCAGGGGCAGCGGGGGCGGUGGCCCCUCCCCGUAAUGGCACUCGGGGCACCGGGCGUGGCGGAGAGAAGAGGCAGUUGGUGUAUGUGUUCACCACGUGGCGCUCGGGCUCAUCUUUCUUCGGUGAGCUCUUCAACCAGAACCCGGAGGUGUUCUUUCUCUACGAGCCAGUGUGGCACGUGUGGCAAAAACUGUACCCAGGGGACGCUGUUUCCCUGCAAGGGGCGGCGCGGGACAUGCUGAGCGCUCUCUAUCGCUGUGACCUCUCGGUCUUCCAGCUGUACAGCCCCGCGGGCAGCGGGGGGCGCAACCUCACCACGCUGGGCAUUUUCGGUGCAGCCACCAACAAGGUGGUGUGCUCCUCGCCACUCUGCCCCGCCUACCGCAAGGAGGUCGUGGGGCUGGUGGACGAUCGCGUGUGCAAGAAGUGCCCGCCGCAGCGCCUGGCGCGCUUUGAGGAGGAGUGCCGCAAGUACCGCACGCUGGUCAUCAAGGGCGUGCGUGUCUUCGACGUGGCCGUGUUGGCGCCGCUGCUGCGCGACCCUGCCCUGGACCUCAAGGUCAUCCACCUAGUGCGCGAUCCGCGUGCCGUGGCCAGCUCACGCAUCCGCUCGCGUCACGGUCUCAUCCGUGAGAGCCUUCAGGUGGUGCGCAGCCGGGACCCGCGCGCCCACCGCAUGCCCUUCCUGGAGGCCGCUGGCCACAAGCUGGGCGUCAAGAAGGAGGGUGUGGGCGGCCCGGCGGACUACCACGCUCUUGGCGCUAUGGAGGUCAUCUGCAACAGUAUGGCCAAGACACUGCAGACAGCCCUGCAGCCCCCUGACUGGCUGCAAGGCCACUACCUGGUAGUGCGGUACGAGGACCUAGUGGGAGACCCCGUCAAGACCCUACGGAGGGUGUACGACUUUGUGGGGCUGCUGGUGAGCCCCGAGAUGGAACAGUUUGCCCUCAACAUGACCAGUGGCUCAGGCUCCUCCUCUAAGCCCUUCGUGGUGUCCGCGCGCAACGCCACACAGGCCGCCAACGCCUGGCGGACGGCCCUCACCUUCCAGCAGAUCAAACAGGUGGAGGAGUUUUGCUACCAGCCCAUGGCGGUGCUGGGCUAUGAGCGGGUCAAUAGUCCCGAGGAGGUCAAAGACCUUAGCAAGACCCUGCUCCGGAAGCCCCGGCUCUGAGAGGGUUUCCUGGGAGACCCGACUCCCUGUGGAGACACCCACAGGAGGAUUGUGGUGUAUUGCAACAAAAACAGCCCAGACCCAAACUGAGGAAGCCCACAUAUUCUAUUAUAGAUAUAUAGUAUAAAUAACCACACAGGCACUUGCUGUCAAUGUUUUGAGUCAUUGAAUUUCAAGGAACAGCCACAAUACGCACACAUCUCAGCAAAGGCAAGACUUGAAAGUUCUGACCAGCUCCCCUCCUCUCCUCUCCCCUGCCUUUUCUCCCUUCGUUUUUCUCCCCUUUCCUACCCUCUCUCCUACCUGCCUUCCGUUUUGAAGUGGGAUGUUGAUUAAAUCAAGAUCCAGUAACCUAAAUCUUGUUUACAAAAUUUUCGUGGUAUCUGUGAACAUGUACAAGAGUAAUUUGGUCGUGAGGAGUGGGGUGGAGAAAGGGGAAGUUGGAAGUUGGCCAGGAGCACAGAGCUCCACUGGGCACGAUAACCAAGGAGGCACUCUUCUAAAAGUAGACUUGUGUAAAAAGCAAAGGUUCUCCGUGAGUAUUAAUAAAAAAGAUGAUAAAUAAUAUUCUUUUUAAUAUUUGCCUCCAUUACUUUGGAUUUACCUGUGCUACUUGUCCUGGGUAGCUUUAGACAGAAUUUGCUUCCCCUCCCCCCACCCCCCUUUCCCAGUCUGUUUCCUAGAAAACCGCUAAGGUGGGUGGGAGCAGCUUCUGACUCCUUAAUAAGAACCUUGGAGUUGUUUUCUCACAUAUAAAUCACAGCCUGUCAGGUGCGCAGGAAUGGGGACAAACCUUCGAAUUCUAAAGGCAAACACCAAGCAAGGCAGUGGAGGGAAAAGCUCGCACUCCUUUCCUGUUCCACUUUGAGCACAGAAAGGAAGAAGCAACUCCCUUGGGGGUUUGAAGCAUUGGGUUUUGAUUACUGUUCAGUUAAGACUGGGGAACCCUGAAGCGGAGAGGUGUUUUGGUUCUGAGGUUAGUUCAGAAAAAGGAUUUUUUGGGAAGAAAAGUAUGUAAGUAAAAAAAAAAUGUCUGAUGAUUAAAACAGACCUCAAAAAUCAGCGUGAAUGUGUUGUUGACGAUGGUACCAACUUCUUUGGUUAGAAAAAUGACAAGUCUGUAUGUCUGGAGUGUUUUCCUGCCUGUGACCCAGUACAUGGAGGCAUUUGAAAAGGGAGGUUUCACCUGAGAGCUAUAAGGGCACUCAGGCUUUUCCUUUUCUUUCUUGCUUCCCAUUGAAAUCAGUGCAAAACAAGAAUAUGAAUUUAUCAUGGCUUACGUGGGAUGCCCAUGAGGGUGCAUUACUUUUCCUUACUGUGUUUCCUAAAAGUGAAAUUGCAAAGAAGCUAUAACAUGUUGCAGACAGUAGAAGGCUUCAGCCAAGAGCUUCUUUUAGAUAUGAAAAUGAAUUCUGGGAAAGAGGAAAUGAAAAUGAAUUAUGAGUAAAUGUGUUGGAUUUUGAGAUUUGGUAUUUUCCAGGGAGAAAACCAUGCCAGGUUUCUGGCAAUGGUAAUGGUGUGCUGCCGUCCUGAGCCCAUUUCUACUGAAGCAUUCUGUAGAAUGUCAUGUUACAGUUCGAAGUUUUAAAACCUAAAUAGGUACAAGAGCCAGUGUAGUUAUAUAUUUCAUUACAGACGGUACAAGUUCGAGAUCAUCAUAACUUUAUUUUACUAUAAUUUAUUGUGAAAUCUCUGCAGGUCAACCCGUGUCGGUUAAGUGCGGGGGAUUUGAAGGAAGAUAUGAUGAAAAAUAAUAUGUACAUGGGAAAGAUUUUAACCCAAGGUGAUUCUUAAGUAUAAGAAUGUAAGAAUCUUAAGUAUAAUUUUCAUUACAAUGUGAAAUCUAAUUACACUGUUAAGAAUUCAAGAUAAAGAAGCACAGAAGUUAAAAAAAAAGAGUUGUAUUUAGCAGUGGAUUUUAUAACAUAUUCUAGGAUGGCUCUAGUUCUUAAUUUCCUAAAAUAGUUUAGAGUGUUGUGUUUAUUAAGCCAGAUGACAGCUAUAACACAUUGAUCAUGUUUUCUAUGAUAUUUUCAUGGUAGCGCCUCUGCGGAAUUAUCAUUGGCAGCUGUAGAAUAUUUGCAAUAGCUUUAAUUUAAGAAUACUUUAAAAUUCAAUGAACAAAAUAAAUAUUAAUGUUGGAUGACUAUCGAUGAAACAGGUUUAACAGGAAAUCAAGACAGCGUCAUUAAAAGGCAACCAUUCUGAAUAAAAUAACCAUUUAAAAACAAAUUUCAUGUGGCGUUAGAAUCAGCUCUUCUCACUUAAUCACAGUAAAAUUCAUGCUUCGUUUUUGAGCGAAGCGUUUUUUAAAACAGUGGAAUUCAUUCUUCUCUUAGUAUAUCUAAGGACUUUGUGUUAAAGUAGAAUUGCGAUGUGUUUGGAUCUUGUUUUUAAAAAAAUCCCGGGUGUUGCGUGGAGCCUCUGCAGCCGGCAGAGCAUUCGUGGCCUCUGCUUAGAGGAAAUUUUAAGCAUAAACGCCAACAUUUGUCCCCUUGCGGUGUUUGAACGAACGGGGUUUCUGCCCAAUACCCUUGUUUGUGGCAGAUGCUUUCUCUCCACUCUGCCACGCUGGAAUUGGAAAAGGCGAAUUGUGAAUCCUGCAGCUUUGUACCUAGCUGCCUUCUAGGAAGGCAAGACAGGUGUAGCCCCCACUAACGGCCGAGAUAGUCGUAUCAGUGACAUUCAGCCUCCACGGGUUUGAGAGAGAGCGAAGCAUUUUUUGGCGUUAAUAAGCUUCUGUCAGCCCCUGGUGCGAGCAGACCUGGGCCACAGCAAAUUGCAACCGUGCCCGUGACCAUUUCUGCGGCAGCAGAUGUGAAGGCGAUCCUUUCACGUUUCCCAACUUGGCAAUAUGUCCAUCAGCCUGGAGGAAAUAUUCUUCAGAGCAGGUUAUCAGAGUGAUUUUUAUUUUCAAAUUCUGCUCAGCUGAUAGCACGCCUGACUGACCCCUGUGACUUUGGAAUGCCUUUGUUAAUUAGAAAGCUCUAUUUGUAAAACGAAGUCUACCCGGUGCAUUUAGUCAACAAAUAUGAGUUUGGAACAAGGCAGUGGCACGGCUGGGGGCUUGAAUUUCAGGGAGCUCAGAGGCGCUCAAAGGCCUCAUUCAGGCUGACUCGUGGGCACCUUGCAGGCAGGGACUGGGGCAAAUCCCGGACCCUUCCGUGUCCACCGCAUAGUGAGUACUUGAUAAACACUUGGUAAGUAAGUGAAUGAAAUAUCGAACUAUCAAAAGUUCAAAGCGCUCAGAAGGGAAGAAGAGUGGAAGAAUGUGUUCCCUGUUUAGAAAAAUUGCCAGGCUAUUCACCAAAGUUUGCUGGAGGAAGGGGGCCUUGGGCUCUAUUUAGAUGUGGGGAGUGGGCAACAGGAACAUCUUCAAGAUUUCCAGGGGGACCGGGUAAAGGCUCAUAUUUCCCACGGAGGAAUUAGAAACGAAAAUUCAGAAUUUCUGAAGGUAGAGAAGUUAGAAUUUCCAAAUGAAGGGUUUGACGUUUAUUAUUUGUUUUCCCAAUUGCAUUAACAAGAUAAAGGCAGGGACCAAAACAUCCCUGCAGAACAAAUGCUGCCUUGGUACCUAAGGGAGGGCUCUGGGGUUAUAUUUGUUUAUUAUUUUGAGGGCUUUGAAUGUGCAGUUUAACCAGGCAGAGGAAUAGUUACCUUCAGGAAGUUUGGCCUCUUGUGGAUGCUGAAUGAGACAAUGCUUGCCUGUUCCCAUGCGUCCCUGCCUGGCUGUGGCCAGUCCCGUCCAGGAUUUCUUGUUGCAGACGGUGUAGUUGCGGCUGGAUUAUGCUGUCGGUUUGAAAUUAAUGUGAAUCUGAGUGAGGCUGUUAAUUAAUAUUCCCUGGGUCUCAGCAAUGAAAUAAAGAUCAUGUUU